UCUUCUUCAGAUGGCCGUCUCAUGCAGAGAGCAGAUCCGCUGUCCUCCAGUCCAGGACUGGAUCGUUCUUGUACUCUGAUCUGAUUCUCAUCUGGACGGAUGCUAAGCUCAGAUCAACACCCAGGUUGCUCUGUGUUUUGGACUCCUUGGACAUUUCUGCUUGAAUUCAUCACAUCUCAGAGUUUGACAGCAUGGACUCCAUCUCUCAGACUUUGCGAGAUCAGGUCUCUGAGCUGCUGAAGCCUCAUAGAGCCUGCCUAGUGACACCAGUUCUUCUGCACCAGUCAAACCAGUCAUGUGGGAGAUCAGGAAGCAAGUUUGUAGUGCUGAGUCUGUGGAGAGGCUACGUGGUCACGAACAAGCAGCCACUCAAGGUGGAGAAUGCAUUUAGCUACCUGGAGAUUUCUUCCAUCAACAUCCACAGUCUCACUCAGAUUGAGUUGGAGACGGACAGACAGAGCCUGUCUUUCAGUGUCUUGCAUGAUGAAGAUCUUGUUGCUCUGAUCAGCCACAUGACCGCCUCACUAAAGAGGAUCUUCCCAGAUUCUUCUCCAGGAAAGCUGUUGAAGAGAGUUCCCCAGGACCUCCAGGAAAGGCUGCUCACUCUGACUGCUGUCAUAGAGGAGCAGCUGAACAGCCAGCCAGGCCCCUGUGGAGGAUUCUCUGAUACCUAUGCUGCUCUUUGUGACUGGAAUGAAAUGCCAUUCAGAGAAGAAAUUCAGUGGGACGUGGACAAUAUCUACUACAUACAUAACUGGAGAAGGUUCAACCUGCUGGACUUUAGCCAUUUAGAAAGCAGAGACUUGGCAUUGGCAGUCGCAGCAUUGUCCUUCAACCAAUGGUUUACUAAGAUCUACUGCAAAGAACUCAAACUGUCAGCUGACAUCCAGCAGCAGCUCACUUUCCUGCUGUCCAAAUCUUCAAGUCUGGAGGAACUCUCGCUGGAAGACUGUGGAUUAAAAGUAGACUUUGCUGUGAAAAUGGCUGCUGCCCUCCAAGAGCACACAUCGUCCUCCCUGAAAGCCCUCAAUCUGUCAGGCAACUCCAUUGAAGAUAAAGGUGUAAUGGCCCUCAGUCAGGAGAUCAAGCAUCUAAAUGAGGGACUGAGGUUCCUCUCCCUGAGUCGUGUUUCAAUGAGCGCCAAAGGUCUUGGCUGUCUGGGUCAGGUGCUGUCCUCCUGUCAGCAGUUUUCUACCUCUCUGACUCAUCUUAAUCUGUCUUGCAACCCAGGAAGUCUGGCGACUGAGGACGCCAUGUUUCUCUUCAAGUUCUUGUCUGGUACAAACUCCCUGUCACAUUUGGACCUCAGUGACACCAACUGCCCUCUGGACACACUAUUUGUUUCACUGUCUGCUGGAUGUUGUUACAAGCUGACUCACCUGAACCUGGCCAGAAACCCCUUCAGCCACAGGAAAGUGCGGGAGGUGACCAGGAGUAUCCAGGAGUUCUUCAGUCAGAGCUGUGAGCUCAGAUACGUUGGCCUGUCUGCAACCAAACUACCUCCACAAGCUCUCAGGUUGUUGCUGCAAGGUCUUGCCACCAACACUCAUCUCUUUGGUUUGGAGUUAGAUCUCAGCAGCUGUGAGCUGUGUUCAGCAGGGGCCCAGGUGAUACAGGAGCACAUCUCUGAGGCUACAGCGAUCAGAAGUUUGGAUAUUUCUGACAACAGUUUUGAGAAUGAUAUGGUGACUCUGGUCCUGUCUGUUGGUCGAUGCCAGUCUCUUCAUCAUCUUGCUCUUGGAAGGAACUUUGCCAUGAAGUCCAGAGCUCUCACCGACCUUCUUCAUCGUAUAGCUCAGCUCAUUCAGGAUGAAGAGUGUUCCCUGCAGUCUCUCUCAGUGUCUGACUCUAAGCUGAAAACAGGGAUGCACAUUCUGCUCAGCGCUCUGGGGGGUCAUGCUACUCUAACUGAGCUGGACAUCAGUGGGAAUAAUAUUGGAGACACUGGAGCCAAAAUGCUGGCAAAAGCCCUGAUGACCAACACCACACUGAGGUCUCUAACAUGGGACAGAAACAACGUGACAGCCAGGGGCUUCCAGGAUGUGGCAGAUGCCUUGGAAAGGAACCUUACUCUACAGAAGAUGUCUCCCCCCUUGGCUGAUAUCACACAGAGUUACCGCAGCAACCCAGAGCAAACAAAAGAAGCCCUGAACAAGAUUCAGCUGUGUCUGUCCAGAAACAACAUGAGACAUCCUGGCAAUGUGGAACUCCAGCAGGUGUUCAGGGGUCAACAGUCUGAGAAGAUGAUCCAAGGUAUGUGUCGACAGCUGGAAGACACCCUGCAGAGUGUAAGCCACUGUAAUACACAGGCGGUCCAGAACGAUGUCAUGGCUGCACAUGAAGUGCUAGAAAACGCCAGAGAAUCUCUGAAGCUGCUUCCCUCUCUGUGUGAUGAGAGCAGGAAGUGUUCAUCUGAUGGAGACUGGGUGAUGGAUAUCUUGUCUGAUGCUGCCUCAGUACUAACUCAGGAAAUCAAACAAGACUUUCAGGAGCUGGGUCAAGACCUGAUAGGAUAUGCACAAACAGUGUGUCCAAAGGUGGUGCAGCGCUCCAGUGUCUCCAAGAGUCUAUCAGAGUGCAUGUCUAAAAGAAGCAAGCAGGCAGAAAUAUUCCUAACAAGCACCCUGGUGGAAACCACAGGGCAAAUCAUCAGCACCAGAUUGAGUGAAUUGAGGCAAACCUUGGCUGUGACUCUGGUGGAAAGCAUGAUAGAACAGAUUCUACAAGAUCUGACUGAAGCACAGGACAAGAUGGACUCCCUAAUAAAUGAAAAUCCUUGCGGUGCUCAAAGAAUCAACAUCCCAGAGCUUCGGCUGACUGACAGCGAUUUUCCAACAGAUGAUUACAGUCCAGCAUUCUGGAGAAGCAGUUUGCUUUCUAAGAGCCUAAGGCCUGCUGCUUCAAUCAAAAGUCUCUUAGAUGCAGAUUGUGAGCAACACACCAGGGAGAGAAGAACGGAGAGAGAGAGGGGAGGAGCUGCCAGAGAGGAUGAUGAAGGAGGAAGGUGUGCGCUCCCACAGUUGCCACUCUCAACCUCAAGUCCCUCCCUUUCCCCUUCUACUUCCUUGUCCCCCUCCCCCCAACUACAGAGAAGGAGGAGGCUGAUGGAGGGGGAGGUGUCAUCAGUGGAUGCUGCAGAAGCAGUAUCAGGAGAUAGUGGAGCAUCGCUCAGCCCUCCUCCCAGCCGCCCCCCUAUCUACUCCAUCCCUCAUAAAGCUCCAAAACAGGAGGCAGCUGGUGGUGGAGGCCUAAACGGACGACAGGCUCGCUUCCCUGGCUGCAGCCCCAGCACAGGCCCCCACCCUGGCUCUGGAUUCUCUGUUUCUCCCAUGGAGCCUCUACCAAGUCAGGGACAGACUCUAAGGCACUACACUGCCUCCCGACCACGGCCACGGCGCACACACACGCAACCCCCCACCUCCAGGCCUCAGGAACCAGUGUCCGAGGAAAAGAAGGAAGAUAAUGAGGCAAUAGGCAGAGUGGAUGAGGGAGUAGAAGAGUUCUUCACCAAGAAAAUCAUUCCUGACUAUGCAUUAAAAGGCCGAUGGGAGGAGUCAAACCCUGCCCAAAUCCUUCCCACAGCGCCAAGCUCCACCCCUUUUUCCUCUCCAUCUGACAUCACUCCAUCUACCACCACUCUCACCACCUCUCCCUCUGCCACAUCUACUGACACUUCCCUUCCAUCCAUUGAUGUUCGCUCCCUUUCCUCAUCUACCACCUUCCCAUCCACAACUUGCUCCACCACCACCACAAUUCCUACAAAAAAUAUAAAGAAAAAGUUUGGUGAUUUCUUCGCCUUCAAGAGGGCUCGAGCAGGGCGAGCUGCCAAGACAGGCAGUGGAGACGGAGGACAAGGAGCUGAAGGGGUCAAGGUCAAAAGGACCUCCAUUGCAGAUCUCAUUCGACCCCUACGGGAGGCCAAAGACAGGGACAGAGACAGGGAAAGAGACAACGAGAGGGAGAAGGAAAGAAAGAAGCAGUCAGAGGAGGAUGUUAACAUUUAUAAUGAUGCCACUACUACAGAAGGAACUGCCGCCCCCGGCCGCUAUCUUGCCGACGUUGUGAGGGAAACAGUAACCCCCGCUGAGUCAUUAAGCACAACCCAAUCCAGUGAGAUGACUCCUUCCUACCCCACCAUCACAACAAGCCCUGAACUCACCACCUCUGUGCUUUCUGAACCGGAGCAAGCAGCAGUUCCUGUACCACCACACCUCAGCACCACUCCUGCAUUCAUUACAACACCAGCUGAGCCAGAAGCUCCAUCAUAUGUGGAGAGGAGGCUGAGGGUGACCAAAAGACUGAGAGAAAACAAGAGCCAGAGUCUCAUACUGCUGACAGGAAUAGAGCCAGACGACAAGGAUAAUACACCCAAUAAGAAACAUGCAUCCGAUGGCGCAACUGGCUUUGAACAGAGGCUUCAGGUGAUGCUGCACAGAAUGGGAGUGUCCAAAACUCCACCUGCUGAAACCAAGAUGUGCCAGGGAGACAGGAACAAAGAUGAGGAACUGAGAAAAGCCACCUCUGAAGGUGCUAUCCUAAACAAACCUGAACUACCUCCCAAAGACAUCAAGUCCAGAAUAAUGUCCACUUCAUCAGCUGAGUCCAGGCAUCCUCUGAGAGUUCAAGACCCCAACCUACCAGAACUUCUUUACCCAAAGCCUUCCCUUCCUGAGUGCAUCAUGGGUCCCCUGCCCCCUAAACCUCCCUUAGCAGCCAAACUCCCCCCACCCAUCCCAGCUGCUCGCCCCUCCUCUGCUCCUGCCUUCACCAGCUCAUCAGAGCAAGUCCAACUUACAGCUCACACACAUGAUGGCAGGCCGAUGGAAACAGAGCAGAAUGGCAGCAGGGACGGUGUGCAGGGUGAAAUCCCCCCCCUGUCUCCAAGGAAGGAACUUCAUUCUUCAGCCCCAAAAUCUCACCGAGGUGGCAGCGCACCAGAUCGCAACGAGAAAGUACAAUCUGUCACCGAGGAGAGUCUUCCUAAGCUACGCCAACACAUGAAGCCCCUCCCACAGCGCAGAGCUGUAUCUGUCCAUGAGGAGGCACUGACCAUGACGCAAGAACUCAAGGCUGUAUUACAGAAGUCACCCAUCCGUUUCCGGGGCAACCGCUGGGACCUGCCCUCCUGCAAAGAAGAUGAAGCACAUGCCUGCGCCACAGAAAACAAGCUGGAUGAUGAAAAGAAGGUCAAGAGUCAGAUGGAUGAACAAGAGGCAGAGAGAGGACAAGCAAGCUGUGGAGAUACAGUACCUCCAACCAAGCAGCUACUUUCACAGGAGGUAGAAGUACCCAGAUGCACUUCAUCUGACAAGACUUUUUCUGUGAUAGAGAGACCUCCUGUACUACCCAGGAAAAUGGAGAAGUUACCUGUGAACCUUGCAUCUGAGAGAAAGAGUCCAACCAGAAUCUCAGCUUCCUCACCAUUGCAAGAAAAAGUCCACAACACGUUGCCAGUUGGCUCUAAAUCCACAGAGAUACCCCACAUAAGCCCAUCCUCCCAGAAAAACAAAUCUGUCGCAUUGGAUCGGGGUAGUAACCCACAAGGGAAAGGAGAGGCACUGUCCCCACAGCACACAAAGAUGGCUGAGCCCGCAGAGCACAGAACUGAGCCCUGUCUGUUUGACUGAUGCACACAACAGUCUGACCUGGAAGAGCUCUGUCACAUCACUGAGGUCAGGAAGUACGCGGGUAGGAAUCUCAUGUAAUGUGAAUGUCCUACUCUUUUGUUUUUGUUUCUCAGCAGCAUCAUUGUGUUUCUAAUCAUAAUGUGGGCAAGGCCAGCUUCACAGUUCAUUCUUGGGAUGACUAAUCUUCUUGCACGCUUUUGAUUGGAGGGAUGAAUCUAACAUAGAUUAUGUUCAUUUCUGUCAUUGAAUCCGAGUUUAUGCUGAUUUGUUUCAUGUGGUCUUUGCUUGUUCUCACCAAAAGGCCAAAAUGUUAGCUAGAGCUAGUUAGCAUGCACCAAUGGGUGUCUGCUGAAUGGGUUGAUGCAGCUGACAGGUUGUCUUCUGACAUUAGAUAAUUUUUUUGGUUCUAUUAUUUUCUUAUCAAACUUAUAGUUUUUAACCACUAGCAUGUUGGGUUUUAUGUCACCUGACCUUUAACAUUAAAUACGGAUUUAUGUACUGUUAAGGAAGACCCAUUCAACAUAUUUAUGUUUCAACAUUUCAGCAAAUGUCAAAAAUAUUUAUUUACUCAUUUUGCCCACACUUUUUUUGUUAUACAUUUAAAAGUAAGCUUCAAACAGUGAACUUGAUGGUUAUAGUAUUUUGUUUGUUUUUAGUUUUCAACCUUCUGGAAAUGAGAAAUGAAGAACUGCCUUUGUUACUUAGAAUUUUUUUUUUAUGUAAUAAUUCAGGGAAUUUUGAUUAUGACCCUUCAGAAUAUUGGCUGCAGUAAAUAACUCCUUUAUCUCUGAUAAAACAAAAAAUAGUUUUCAAACUAAUGUUACUGUUUUUAUUUAUUUAGUAACAAACAAGGCUAACAAAAUAGAGAUUCGGAAAUUUUUUUCUCAAUGGUUUGAACCAGCAUUUUGUUUGGAGUAGAUUUUUAAAAAACCUUCUAAAAAUAAACUACAUAUAUAUUUGAUGCGGCAGCAUGUGUGAAGAACUAAGAAACAGUGAGGGCAGGUUGAACAAUUACCUUGCAAAACUAUUAAUUGGAGAAAGAAAAGUUUAAAACUGUGAAUAUUCUGAACACAGGAUAGCUACAUUCCACCUGCUGUUUCACAGUUCUGUGUUUGUAUGAAAGGUCAUAGUCAGUAGAAUUGGAUAUUUAGCCAUGUGGAAGUCCAUCCUUCAUGAGAAUUAGUUCCAAGUUCACUUCACAUUGAUUAGAACAGAAAUUAUCCAGGUACAUUGCUUACUACCAAUAUAUUCUGAACAAAUAACAGUCCUUACACGAAGUGAACAAUGAACAUUUGUGUUCAUAAUUCUGUUUGAUUCAAAGCUGUUUAUUUGACUUUUUGUUAAUAUUCUAAUGUGCCAUUUGACAUCUCUUUAGUAUUUGUUGUACAUACUGUGCAUCAAGUCCAUGUUGCAGAGUAAUUCUCACUUUCACCUGUUUUAUUGCUUUAGUUGCAAAAAAGAAACUUUUUUACUAACAGAAGCAAAGCGUAAGACUAUUGUUUUGAUUAUGACUUCAAUAGCACUUUAAGCCUGAUAAGCUUAUUUAAUAAUGUCCUGGUUCUGUUUAAACAUGACAGUCAAAGAGAAAAGGCAAAAGUAACAGAGUCCAUUAACCUCUAGAACCCGACGGACCCACCGGUGGGUCCGUCUAGAGGUUAAGCUGCAGCCUUAUUACUCAGUUGGUGUUUUGUAAAUGCAAACCUACACUCUCUGUGUGCAUGCUAAUCACAGAGAUAGAGUGCAAACACAACACAGUGUGGCUGGAGCACAAGCCUGCACCCGUUGUUAAGUUUAAGCUGAGAAAACAGGUAGUGUAGUCAAUGUAAGAGUGAAGGGAAAGGCAGGUGUUAUCCAUAGUGGCUCCGGUUGAAGACUAAUGUGUUUAACUGCCUAAAGUCACCAAGCGCUUGCCUAUGAAGGAAUGUUGCAACUCUUCUGCAUGAAGUAUCAAUCAUUGGUUUCAAAUGUCUCUCAGUUUUCUCUCUUAAUAGAUUCAGGAUCGCGAAAAGAGAAAUGCUCUCUGUUCAUCUUCAUCUUAGAGGAAAAACAACAUUGUAAAAUUCAAAGAUCCCCAAAACCAAAACUGAAUUCACAAGAACAUGUUCACACUGAGUACAUAGACAUAUAGAGAAUGGAGAUGUUUUAAAAUUUCUUAUUUGAUUUAGCUGUUAGCUCUGAAACAAGACGUUGAGACAGUUACCUUUCUGAAGGUAGGGCUUCUUAAGUCUGCAUAGCAGAACCUUACAGAAAAAGCUAAAUGCUAAGUUCAGGUAAACAUGUAUAAAAUAUUGUUUUAAACUAAUUAAAUUCUAUUUCUGAAACAUGUGAGCACUUCAAAACUUAUUAGUACAAUUAUGUUCCAGCACUUACACAGCGGAUUCAUAAUGGAUAAAAAAAUGCUCGAAGUUUGAUAGUGAUCAUUGGGACACUGCUAGAAACUCCUCAAGUCCUCCUUUGCCUUCUGUCAAUUUUCUUGAAUGCCGACUCUUCUCAUAAACCCACAAGUUUCAAUGUUUAUGAUUCAUAACAUUACAUAAGGACGGUCAGGUUCAGGGCAUCAGGCGACACAUGACUUAUGAGGAACAAAGACUGAUUAAAAGUUAGGCACAAGGAACAAAUUAGAUGUAGAACUGGCCAGGUUUGAUAUGUGCCAUCAGUUCUGAUUGAAUCUGCAGCCUCAAGAGAAUGCAUUAAAUCGGUUGGUAUGCUACUUAGAUGUUAUGGAAAGUAUCGGAACCAGACCUUGCGGCAGUGGUUAAAAGUUGAUUACAUCAUGUAAUUUCCUUCAAAGUCAAACAAAUCUAAAAGGAAAGGAACUUCCUUUUGUAACAGGAACGUAAUAGGUUCUGUAACAGGAACGUUACAGAACCUAUAUGGGAACUCAUUUUUACAUGAAUGCUGUCAAAUCUGUGAUUUAUUUUUUUGUCACCAGUCAUAUUGUCAUUACUUUAUGAGGGGGGAUUUUUCACCAGCUCAGUAGUUCACCUGGUCUUUAUGUGUCAUCUGAUGUUAUGCGAGAUACCAACACCACAUUGUGAUUUAGCUUUGAAACUCAGGGCGGCUGUGAGGAACGACGUGGGAUUUUUCUAAACUGUUAUGUUCUCUUUCACUUGCACGUACAGAAUAUUUACAAAACUGCAUAAAUCAAAUUAGUUUGAACAGAGUGUAAAUCUAUACCUAUACUUGUUAUCAAUUAAUAAAAAAAAGUAUUAACAUGA